UUCUGCUGGGGUCUGGAUCGGACGUUACGCACACAGACCGGACCCUACCGUGUAUGAGCGCCUGAGGAGAAAGCGAGCGGAUUCCCCCCCUUUUGUCGCAAAGAAUCUACAUGUCUAAUAUUUAGACAUGUUCAGCUUUGUGGAUAUUCGGUUAGCGCUUCUGCUCAGCGCGACUGUGCUUUUGGCGAGAGGUCAAGGCGAGGAUGAUAGCCCAUUUGGCAGCUGCACAUUAGAUGGACAGUUGUACAAUGACAAGGACGUGUGGAAACCCGAACCCUGCCAGAUCUGCGUCUGCGACAGCGGGACCGUCAUGUGCGACGAGGUGAUCUGCGAGGACACAUCCGAUUGCGCCGACCCGAUCAUCCCAGACGGAGAGUGCUGCCCUAUCUGCCCCGACACCGAGGUACCCCAGAUACCUGACUACGAGACAACAAAUGGAGCAGUUGGGCCCAAAGGAGACCAGGGUCCAGUUGGUCCCCCAGGCAACGAUGGUAUUCCCGGACAGCCCGGCCAGCCAGGCCCACCCGGGCCCCCUGGCACCCCUGGCCUUGGCGGAAACUUCUCUCCUCAAAUGAGCUAUGGAGACCACUCCAAAGCCAGUGGCCCUCCAGUCCCUGGCCCCAUGGGUCCCAUGGGUCCACGUGGUCCACCUGGACCCUCUGGCUCAUCUGGCCCUCAGGGAUUCACUGGCCCUGCUGGAGAGCCUGGUGAGCCUGGCGCAAGCGGUCCCAUGGGUCCACGUGGUCCUGCUGGCCCCCUUGGAAAGAAUGGAGAUGAUGGUGAACCUGGAAAACCUGGCCGCCCUGGUGAGCGUGGACCCGCCGGUCCUCAGGGAGCUCGUGGAUUCCCCGGAACUCCUGGACUUCCAGGCAUCAAGGGACACAGAGGUUUCAGCGGUUUGGAUGGAGCUAAGGGAGAUGCCGGACCUGCUGGACCCAAGGGAGAGCCUGGUGCACCUGGUGAGAAUGGUGUCCCCGGAGCCAUGGGUGCUCGUGGUCUUCCUGGUGAGAGAGGCCGCCCUGGCGCUCCCGGCCCUGCUGGUGCUCGUGGUAACGACGGUAACAGUGGCCCUGCUGGACCCCCUGGACCUACUGGACCCGCUGGUCCCCCUGGAUUCCCCGGUGGUGCUGGAGCUAAGGGAGAGAGUGGUCCCCAGGGAGGCCGUGGAAAUGAGGGACCCCAAGGAGCCCGUGGUGAGCCUGGUAACCCUGGACCUGCUGGCCCCGCUGGACCUGCUGGUGCCCCUGGAUCUGAUGGCUCUGCUGGUGCUAAGGGUGCCACUGGUGCAGCUGGUAUUGCUGGUGCUCCUGGCUUCCCUGGUGCUCGUGGUCCUGCUGGAGGCCAAGGUGCUGUCGGUGCUCCCGGUCCCAAGGGAAACAAUGGUGAUCCCGGUCCCUCAGGCCCUAAGGGAGAGCCCGGUGCUAAAGGAGAGCCUGGCCCCGGUGGAGUUCAAGGAGCUCCUGGCCCCUCUGGUGAGGAGGGCAAGAGAGGACCCCGCGGAGAGCCUGGUGGUGCUGGACCUCGCGGACCCCCCGGAGAGCGUGGUGCCCCUGGUGCUCGUGGUUUCCCUGGUGCUGACGGAGGUGCUGGUGGAAAGGGAGCCCCUGGUGAGCGUGGUGCCACCGGCCCCAUGGGAAGCCAGGGAGCCACUGGUGAGUCUGGCAGCCCCGGUGCUCCUGGUGCCCCUGGAGCAAAGGGUGUGACUGGAAGCCCUGGAAGUCCUGGUGCUGACGGCAAAGUUGGACCUGCUGGUGUUACUGGUCAAGAUGGCCGCCCCGGACCUCCUGGCCCAAGUGGACCCAGAGGACAACCUGGAGUCAUGGGAUUCCCUGGACCCAAGGGAACCGCUGGCGAGAAUGGAAAGGGUGGAGAGCGAGGACCUGCUGGAGCUGUUGGCUCUGUUGGUGCCCCUGGUAAAGACGGUGACGUUGGUGCUCCUGGACCUUCUGGCCCCGCUGGACCAGCAGGAGAGAAGGGUGAGCAAGGACCUGGUGGACCUCCCGGAUUCCAGGGUCUGCCUGGACCCCAAGGUGUUACUGGUGAGACUGGCAAGCCUGGCGAGCAGGGUGCCCCUGGUGAGGGUGGACCCCCUGGCCCAUCUGGACCAAGAGGCGAAAGAGGUUUCCCCGGUGAGCGUGGUGCUCCUGGCAUUGCUGGUCCUACUGGUCCCCGUGGUGCGAAUGGAGCCUCUGGAAACGAAGGACCCAAGGGAGAGCCUGGCGCUGCUGGUGCCCCCGGUGGUAUGGGAGCCCCUGGUAUGCAGGGAAUGCCCGGUGAGCGUGGAGCCUCAGGUCUGCCUGGCGUCAAGGGAGAGAGAGGUGAAGCUGGUCUCAAGGGAUCCGAUGGUGGUCCAGGAAAAGAUGGUGCUCGUGGUCUGACCGGUGCUAUCGGAGUCCCAGGACCCCCUGGUGGUCAGGGAGAGAAGGGAGAGCCUGGUGCUGUUGGUGUUGCUGGACCUAGUGGACCUCGUGGUGCCCCUGGUGAGCGUGGAGAGUCUGGCCCACCUGGACCUGCCGGAUUUGCUGGACCUCCUGGUGCUGACGGUCAGCCUGGUGCUAAGGGAGAGAAUGGUGAUACUGGACCUAAGGGAGAUGCUGGUGCUCCUGGACCAUCUGGACCUAUCGGAGCAGCUGGACCUCAGGGACCAGCUGGUCCACCUGGAGCCAAGGGUGCCAGUGGUGGCGUUGGAUCUCCCGGUGCUACUGGUUUCCCUGGACCUGCUGGCAGAGUUGGACCCCCCGGCCCUGCUGGAGCUGCCGGACCUCCUGGACCUGGCGGUCCUGUUGGCAAAGAUGGACCCAGAGGCGCUCGUGGUGAGACUGGUGCUGCUGGCCGCCCUGGUGAGGUUGGCGGUGUCGGACCUGCUGGUGUGACUGGUGAGAAGGGCUCUCCUGGUGCUGACGGAGCCCCUGGUGCCCCCGGUAACCCUGGACCUCAAGGUAUUGCUGGACAGCGUGGUAUCGUCGGUCUUCCUGGACAGCGCGGAGAGCGUGGUUUCCCUGGUCUGCCCGGACCUUCUGGUGAGCCCGGCAAGCAGGGAUCAGUCGGUGCUGUUGGUGAGCGUGGACCCCCAGGACCUGCUGGACCCCCUGGACUGUCUGGUGCCCCCGGAGAGGCUGGUCGUGAGGGAUCUCAGGGACACGAUGGUGCCCCUGGUCGCGAUGGUGCUGCUGGCCCCAAGGGAGACCGUGGUGAGACUGGUAUGGCUGGACCACCUGGACCCCCUGGUGCUCCUGGAGCCCCUGGUAUGGUUGGCCCAUCUGGCAAGAGUGGUGAUCGUGGAGAGACUGGUCCUGCUGGUCCUGCUGGCCCCGCCGGUCCUGCUGGUGUUCGUGGUCCUGCUGGGCCUGCUGGUGCUAAGGGAGACAGAGGAGAGGCCGGUGAGGCUGGAGAGAGAGGCCACAAGGGACACAGAGGAUUCACUGGCAUGCAAGGACUGCCCGGACCUGCUGGAACUACCGGAGAGAGAGGACCUGCUGGUGUUUCUGGACCUGCUGGACCUAGAGGACCUGCUGGAUCAAAUGGCUCCCCUGGUAAGGAUGGCAUGAACGGACACCCUGGACCCAUGGGACCCCCUGGACCUCGUGGACGCAACGGAGAGAUGGGACCUGCUGGUCCUCCUGGACCUCCCGGACCCCCUGGUGCUCCUGGACCUGCUGGUGGUGGAUUUGACUUCAUCAGCGCACCUGCCCAAGAGAAGGCUCCCGAUCCCUUCCGUGGUGGCCACUAUCGUGCCGAUGACCCCACAGCCAUUCGCGACCGCGACAAUGAGGUUGACACCACUCUGAAGACCCUGACCCAGAAGGUGGAGAGCAUCCGCAGCCCUGAUGGCACCCAGAAGAGCCCAGCCCGUAUGUGCCGUGACCUGAGAAUGUGCCACCCUGAAUGGAAGAGCGGCACCUACUGGGUUGACCCCAACCAGGGCUCCGCUCUUGACGCCAUCAAGGUCCACUGCAACAUGGAGACUGGAGAGACCUGCCUCUUCCCCACUCAGAGCACCAUCCCCAUGAAGAACUGGUACCGCAGCAAGAACCCCAGAGAGAAGAAGCCCAUCUGGUUCAGCGAGGCCAUGCAGGGUGGAUUCCAGUUCCAGUAUGGCAGCGCUGAUGCCGAUCCUGAGGAUGUCAGCAUCCAGAUGGCCUUCAUGCGCUUGAUGUCCAACCAGGCCUCUCAAAACAUCACCUAUCACUGCAAGAACAGCGUUGCCUACAUGGAUGCCGCUACUGGCAACCUGAAGAAGGCAAUGACUCUUGGUGGAUCCAACGACGUUGAGAUCAGAGCCGAGGGCAACAGCCGCUUCACAUACAGUGUCAGCGAGGAUGGAUGCACGUCACACACCGGCGCCUGGGGCAAGACAGUCAUUGACUACAAGACAACGAAAACAUCCCGCCUGCCUAUCAUUGACAUUGCUCCUAUGGAUGUUGGUGGACCAGAUCAAGAGUUUGGCGUGGAAAUCGGUCCCGUCUGCUUCUUGUAAAACAGAGAAAAACAUGGACAUUGUUGUUGUUUUUUCUAGCGGUCAUCUCUAAACCCUCUAUCUUUGCGUUCAUUUGGCUGCUUAACCCCCAAAACAAAACCACUCGGCUGAAGACGGCGCAUCGGGAUUUUCACCGAUAAGGGACACUUACAAAAACUCCCAUCGAUGCAUUCUUGUGUAAAAUCUAAAUAAAUUCCCGCCCGGAGAGUGAGGAGAAGAAAAAACCCGGAAGGACAUUCAGAACAACAACACAUGAUUGUACCGUUUCCCCUGGUGUUAAAUAAAUUGUAAAAAGUGUCAAGUGUCUCUUUGUGAUAAAGUUUUUAAAUAAAAAAAACUAAGACGAACCAGCAAAUAACAAGCCGCUCGCCUUCAUUUGGAACUCUAAGAUGGCUACCUCACUAUGAAAGUGAUUUCUCCGACGGUGCUAUAACCAGACUGUAUCUUCACCACUUGCGAAUUUUGGUGCUAACAAACCCGCUCAAUUACUUUUUUGUACAAUUCAAUCAACACACAAUUCACUCCCCUCCCGAACCCAUGUUAAUGUUGUUUGUUUGUGUCAUACUUUGGCAAAAAAAAAAAAAAAGGUUUUCGUGAAAACUGAAGCAGAGCCACUUUCCUGAUUGCAAAGAGAGAAUCUGUACUUAUUUUGUACAUGUAUAAUAAAUCGAAGAUGUUUUUAAUUAUUUUGGGUGCUGA